GCACUUCAGCCAGCACAAGUCCUCAGGGACAGCAGAGCACACAAGUGUCUAGGACAAGAGGCAGUGAGAAACCGGAAAGUAACGAGCUCCUGCCAACAUGUCUUCCAAGCUGGUUUUUGUUCUCUUGGCAGCUCUUGUGCUUUCUGCAGCUCUCUGCAAAGCUGCAGUUUUGCCAAUGGUGGCUUCAGAACUUCGAUGCCAGUGUAUAAAGACGCACUCAACACCUUUCCAUCCCAAAUAUAUCAAAGAACUGAGAGUGAUCGAGAGUGGCCCACACUGUCCAAAUUCAGAAAUCAUUGUGAAAAUUGUCACAAAGGAGGGAGAGGAAGGAAAAGAGGUCUGCCUGGACCCCACAGCAAAGUGGGUGCAGAAGGUUGUGCAGGUAUUUUUGAAGAGAGCUGAGAAAGAAACAUGAAAAAAAAAUUUUGUUCUCCAUGAUUUCCAAGAAUACCUCAAUGAAGAUGUCAAUGAAAUUUCAAACAAAACUACUUCAAUACUUCAUGCAUUGUGUGGGUCUGGUGUAGGACUGCCAGAUAAAAAAGGAUGCCCAGUUAAAUCUGAAUUUCAGCAAAACAAUGAAUAGUUUUUUUUUUUUUUUUAAUUGUCCCCUGUAUACUGUCCCAUGCAAUAUCUAGGACAUAUUUAUAUUUUUUAAAAAAUUGUUGUUAAUCUUAAAUUCAAAUUUAGCUGGGAAUACUGUAUUUUUAUUUGUAACCCUAGUGGUGGCCAGUAUCCAUGAGUCCCAGUUCAAGUGUACCUUGGUUUCCUCUUCAGUCUUAUACUUGGAAAAAAAUAUCAACCCAGUUAUCAUUCUACCUCACAGGGAUGUUGUGAGGACCUAUGGAAGCACUUUAAGCUUUUUUCAUGGUCGUGUAAAUUAUUUUCAAGUGUAACUUAUUCACCUAUUUAUUAUUUAUAUAUUUAUUUAAGCAUCAAAUAUAGUAAUAUCUGUACAUGAAUUUGGAAAAAUGGGAAAGAAAGCAUUGUCAAUAGAAUAGUUUACUUAUGUUAUAGUGCAUUUAUAUUUAUGAUGUUAUAUGAGAGCAUUUUUGAUUAAGGUUGACAGAUUUAUUAAAUUAAAAUCAGAGUGCCUGGUUAAAUUUGUAUUUUAGAUAAACAAUGAACAAUUUUUUAGUAUAAGUAUGUCAUUGUUUAUCUGAAAUUUAAAUUUAACUCUAAGUCCUACUUUUGGUACUCUUGGUCUUGUCUUGUCACUGCCUACCUUGCUAUGGGGGGCUAUGUUGGAUCACCAGAAUCCUGAGUUAGAACUAUCUACCCCAAAAGAACAGAAAUUCGUUAGGCAAUAUAAGUAGUAAUUUCUUGCUCAUCAAAAUUUACUCAUUAUAUACAAAUAGAUUGUCAUGAUUUUAUUGAGAUGAUUGUGUUUUUUCAAAAUCAUUAUUAUUUUUUUUUAACUUUAACAUGCUUUUGUGUGUUCCCAAAGAGAUUUUGUUUCUACCUUUUUAAAAGCAUGGAAAUAUAAAUGUAAUUUUAAAACAUUUCAAAAAUAUAAGUCAUUGUCAAGUCCAUCAGGUGUUUGUCUUUGUCUUUUGUAGUUUUACAACUUACUGGUAAUCUCUUUGUUCAUAUUAAAAUCAUAUUUUGAUUUACAAAAUGUAAAUGUUUCUCCUUAGCAUUUUUCAUGACAUGAAAAAUCAGAACUCCUUUCCAGAGGUGGCUUAUAAAUAGUAGUCUCUUCCACAGAAUGUUGGAAAUUUUCUCAACUGCCCCCUGUGUACCACUUGACUAAUAAGACUGGCUUCAGAUUUUUCAUCAUUCAGAAAGUAUUUACUGGGCUGGUAGUGCCUCAAGUAUCUAACAUAAAUAAAGUUCCUAUGGUUGCUAUGAGUUGGAACCAAUUCCAUGUCGAUAGGUUUUGGCAAUAGGUUAUGAAGAUAAUGAUCUCAGAGUUUGAAACCUCUAAAAUACAAGAAAACAAGUCACUAUGAAUAAAAGCUAGCAUAAAAAAAAAUUGACAACCCAAUCUGAUAUACAAGAACAUCAGAUACUGGAAUUACCAAACAUAACAUUGAAAAUAAGUGUAUCUUAUUCGAAGAGAUAAAAAAGAAGUUUAAAAUGUGAUUAAAAAGCAAAUAUAUUUGAAAGCAAAACUCUUAAAACUAAAGAAUAUAACAAAUCAAAAUAAAAAACUCGGUGGAUGAGUUUUACAGCAGAUUAGACACAACUGAAGAGUUGGAGAACUAGAGCACAGAACAAAAGAAAUUUACCCAGAAUGCAUAUUAUAGAGGAGAGGUAGUAAAUAGGAAAAAGAAGAUAGAGGAAUAAGGUUUAACAGGAGUCUAAUUGAAUGUUUACAAGUAGAAUAGAGAGGAAAGUGUAAGAGACAAUAUUUGAAGUGACAAUAGUGGAAAACUUUUUAGAAAUGAUGAAGAACAACAAUCCAUAGUUUCAAGAAACCCAACUUACCAAGUCUUAUACUUCUAGCCAAAAAACAAAUAUCUUAGAAUUUUUAGAUUCCCAUUUACCUACCUCCCAGCUCACAUGUUAUUGCUGUUGGGCAUUUUAAAUCCACUUCUUAAAAGCUCCAAAAUGCCUGUUUAAGGUUUACCUAGAUCUCAGUAAUUGAUUAUUCAAGGAGACAAAAACAAUAUGGAUACAGCAAAUGUAAGCACCAUAGGUUGACCUAGUGGACAUACAUGACACAUCAUCCAACAACUUCAAUAUAUACAUUCUUUCGUAAGUACCCACAGACAUGAAUAGCUAUAUAAUUCACAGGGCCCAGUGCAAAAUGAAAAUGUGGGACCCAUUGGUCAAAAAUUAUUAGGAAUUUCAACACUCUGACAAAAAAGCCUUAAACCAAACAUGGGGCCCUUGUGAGCACUGGGCUUUCUGACAGCCACAUGCCUUUGAAGCAGGCCCUGCCCACAGAACAUUUAUAAAACUUGACCACAUUCUGUGCCAUUAAGCAAGCCUCAACAAAUUUCAAAAGACCGAUAUAGUACAGACCACAUUCUCUGAACAUUUUUAAAUUAAGUUAGAAUUCAACUAGACAAAAAAAAAAAAAAAAGAAAGAAAAAAGCCCAUAUGUUUGGAAAACAAUUAACUUCUAAAUAAGUUGUACAUCUAAGGAAAAGAAGAACGGAAAUUAGAAAAAAAUUUAGGACACAGUUAUAGAAAUAUUGCAUAUCAAAGCAUGUAGACAGAAUAAUGGCCCCCAAAGAUGUUCACAUCCUAAUUCCUGGAACCUUUGAAUACAUUAUCUUACAUGGCAAACAGGACUCGGCAGAUGUGAUUAAGGAUUUUGAGAUGGGGAUAUUAUCCUGGAUUACCUGGGUAGGCCCAAAUUUAUCACAAAGGUCUUUACAAAAGAAAGGCAGGAAGGUCAGAGACAAAGAACGAGAUGUAACCACGGAAGCAGAGGUUGGAGUGAUGUGAGGAAAAGGCUAUGAACCAAGAAAUACAGGUGGCAUCUAGACGCUAGAAAAGAAAAUGGAAUCUCUCCUAGAACCUUCAGAAAGAACACAGCAUGCCUAUACCUUGAAUCUGGGACUUCUGACCUCCAGAACUGUAAGAUUAUAGAUGUGUGCUGUUUAAGCCACUAAAUUUGUGAUAAUUGGUUCCAGCAGCAACAGAAAAUUAGUCAAUGUGGCAUGCAACUACUGCGACAUUUAUAAUGGUAUUUUCAACCUGAAAUGCUUAUAUUGGGGCCUUGGUGGCACACUGGUUAAGUGUUUGGCUGCUAACCAAAAGGUCGGCCGUUAGAAUCCACCAGUCAGUCACUUCUUGGAAACCCUAUGCGAGGGUUCUACUCUGUCCUAUAGGGUCACUCUGAGUCAAAAUCCAUUAGGCAGCAAUGGGUUUGCAGCUUGGUUUUAAAUGCUUAUAUUAGGAAAGAAGAAAAAGGACCAAAAUAAUGGAAGGAGGUUACUGAAGAGAUGUGAGUAAAAAUUAAUUAAUAAAUCAACAGAGGAAAUUUAUAAAAGUUGGUUGUUUUAAAAAUUUAAAAAAUUGAUAAAAACACAAAAAAUUGAAAAAAGUAAAGAAUUAUUAACUUAAUUUAACAAAUUAAAUUUGAAAACUUAGAAUCAUUAGGCAAAUUCCUACAAUAUCUUAACAACUCUAACUCAAGAACAAAACAAAUCAUGAAAAUUCUAUAGUCAUUAAAGAUACUUGAAUCAUUUUUUAAAGAAAGAUUGGCAGUUUGAAGCCAUGCAGUGGCUCCAUGGAGAAAGACCUGGCAAUCUGUUCCUAUAAAGACUACAGCCUAGAAAACCCUAAGGAGCAGUUCUACUCUGUCACAUGGGGUUGCUAUGAGUCGAAAAUGACCCAACAGUACUUAACAAACAGGAACAUAUAUGGAAGAUAUACCAUGUGCAUGAAUUAGAAGUAAAUUUUAUAAAACAAUUAUCUCUUCUUCCCCAAUUAAUUUAUAGAUUCAGUGCAAUUCUAAUACCAUUCCCAGUGUCUGUUUAUGUAACCUGACAAGUUGAUUUUAAAAUUUGUUUGAAAUGAAAAGGGUCAAGAAUAUCCAAGGUAUUUUUAAAGAAGACAAGGUGGGACUUGUUGCUAUUGUCAGCUGCUUUACCUAACAGAUAUCAAGACAAGGGAGCUCCUUCCCAGUUGACUUAAAAAAAAAAAAAAAAAAAGGAACUAUUGGCCUGCAUGCAAAAAAUUAGAAAAUGUGACUUUAUCAGGUUACUUCAAAACCAAUGAAUCUAUGUGGAAGCUCUUGAAUUAAUUAGGCUUUUAAAGAUUUCAAGGAAGACAUAUGCUUAGAUACUUUUGUUAAUGAAGCUUACUAAAAGGUAAUCCAGGUGAUCCCAAGUUCCAAGGGGUCACCUUGGCCUUUAAUACUUAAAGAAUAUGCUAUAGGACAUUUGGAGCGAGGAAGAGUCCUCUCUUAUUGCCUCACUUGUUAGUCUAAAAAAAAAAAAAUUUUUUUUUUUUUUAAAUUUUUAGUCCACAGUGCAGCCUGCUUCUCCUCUGUCAUCUGUCACCUAACAGUCACCCUCAAUACCUACAGCUGCCAUUCUUUCUAUUGUCAACAUCAUCUGUGGUGUGAAGCAAAGCCUGUUUUCUAAUUCUCAAUACACAUUAACGCAGAAAUGUGUAGCACGAUAGAAAUAAUAAAAGAUUUAUGGGUGAUGCACAAUCAGGAACCAACAGGAAGUUCAAUCCUGGUAUCAUUUCAAGAAUCAUCUUGUUUCUUUCUAGAGGGGUUUUUUCCCCACCUAUAUUUCUUCUUAGACCUUGUCAUAGAGCCACUUUUUCUUCUGUAGUGUUCUGGUUAGGUUUUAUUCUCCUCUUUAAAUUCAAGGUCCUUUGUCCUCCUUCCCUUUCCAGUCUCUCAUUUUACAGUCAUUAUAGAUUUUUUUAAUAGAUUACUGAAUAUAACAAUAACAAAUAUGUAAUUUUAAUGAAAUAUUGAUAGGAGAGGUAGAGAAUUCUUUGAAAACAAGUAGCAGAAGGCUAUGUAACCUAACUAGCCUUCGCUUCCCUGGAGAAAUCUAAACUCGAGUCUGAACGAUGAGUAGGAGUUAGCCACACAAAGGGAAGAAGUGGGUGUGGGGGAAGAGUGGGCUAGGCAACUGGAGGAAGUGAUCUGCAGGCAAGAGCAUGACAUAAUUUGAGAACUGAAAAAUUUUCCGUGUGACUAGAGUUUGGCAUGAAAUAGAACAAGUGCUAAACAAAUAAAGCUCUAAAUGGAUAAUGGAUUGCUCUAAAAAGCUUAAAUUUGGAAUUGAAAACAUUUAGUGGAUUUCAAUUAGUUUUAUUUGGAAUUGUAAACACUCUUCUUCCUGGGUAUCUUCCUAAGAGGGAGUGGGAAACCACAGGAACAACUCCUAAAGACUGAUCUUGAAGUUUUUAGUGCCAUUUGGAGAUUGAAUCAUCAGAGAGCUAACUCUAAACCUUAUUUAAAAAAGCCUUUUAAUGUAUUAAAUACACAUCUUUAAAAAAAUGAUCAGUGCUCAACCCUGCAAGCAAAAUGAAGAGUUUUCUUCCAAUCUGGUGAAUCUGCAUAAUGAAUACUGAAAAAACAACAACAAAAAACUACUUCUCAAUUGCAUCUCUGCCACCUCUAAAAUAUGCCAAAUGAUUUCUUCCAUACUCUCCUCUCUAUCGUUGGUGUCUGUAAGGUGGCAAUGUAUUCCAUUGAAAAAGCAAUUGUGUGCAUCACAUCAGAGAUUUGGCUUCACAUAAACAAGCCAAAAAAGUGAGAAAGAGCAAGUGAUAGAGAAUGUGAGAGGAAAAGCGAGAGAGGGAGAUGCCAAUUGAUUUGCUGGGUUGAAAUUCCUUGUUUCAUUUUGAGUCAAUGAAAUUAAAGUUAUGUAUACAAUUUUUUUAAUAUAGUUUUUAUUGGUAUAGACUUAGACACAAACUUGAACAUGCAAGCUAAUACCAUUUGGAUUUGAUUCAUUAAUUUUUUUUUUAAACUAUAAGUCUAACUUUACCAAAGAGAAACAUGAAUGUAAAUAUACAGACACAUACACAUAAAGAAAAAAAAUUGAGGAGAUAAUAAUAAAGUGUUUGCCUUAAAAUUGCAUUAACUAUAAAAUACCAUAGCGCAUGCACUGCACAUAUAGUAUACAAAAUCAAGGAAUCUUUGUUAUUCCCGUUUUUUUUUUUUUUUUGCUAAAAAUACACCCAGAAAUAGAAUCAUGAAUUGAAGGCACCCAAGCAAAACUCUUUUAUUCUCAAAUUUUGGCAAAUAACUUUUUUUUUUUUGGUACUCCUGUAUGCUUAUUCUGCCAUUCAGACAAUGUUUGAAAAAUUGAAAAGAAAGGAUGAAAAACUACUUUGCUUUUUGCUUGUGGCAGUGAUAAUAUCGCAAGAGAAAAUUGCUUAAGAAUGUACUAACCCUGCAUUAACAACAAAGAGUGUAAGAAAACAGUAAUUUCUCCAUUACUCACUUAUAAAGAUAGCCAGGCAGCAAUUGCCUUGUUUGGUAACCAUCAGCUGAAUUUGCAGAGAUCACAGACAACAAAUAGGGACUUUCUCAAAGUAAAUACCAUGCCAAUUCCUUCUUACAAGAUUUACAGAUGGGGCAAUCAACAUUCUCCAAAAGGUUACUUAAGGGUCAAAGAACUCAACUCUUACAAUGAGUGAAGAAAGAGAAAUUUCUACCCUAAGUUUCCACAGAUAGGAAUUGGGUUGAAUAAAUAUUAUUAAAUAUUCUUGCUAUUUCCUAACAUUAGAUGAUAGGUAUACAUAAAAGCAUAAUAUGAUGGGAAAAUAUUCCCAGAAGUUUCCACCCAAAGAUUGCUUCAGACACAUCUAGAAGAAAGUUUUAACACAGCUUUGUAAAAGAUCAUGUUGCUAAGGCUGAAGAUACACGUUUAAUGUAUCAAGCAGUUCUACUUCAAAGGACAUGACUUACCUUGUGUUAUAAUCGUGUUCUGAUGUGAUUCUUUCUAAUGUCUGCCAAUAAAUCUUCUACCACUCACCUCAUGCUGCUCAAAAUGCCUUUCCCAUUUAUAUUUUUAGUGUUCCCCCAAGCAAAGCCAAAAUUUGCUUAGGGGAAGUAGAUACCUCUGCUGAUAAACUGUAUUUACCUUUUAUUUAUGCUUUCAAAGGCACCCAACAUUCUUCUUACAGGAAUCACAUCUACAGACAUGUCACUGAAGUGAUAACUUGCUUCUUUUGUUAAGGUCUCUGCAGGUCCCCGGCAGCUUUAUUAUGACAUAUGUGAGUUAACCCACCCACCAACUUUCUACAGUUGCUUUAUUUGUCCCUGGUACAUGCCAGAGAUGUUUUUCUGACUGUCUCAUUUCUAAAUUUUCUCUAACAGGUGAAAGUUUGUUAUUAUUGAUUUCAUUGACAAUUGUAUUUCUGGAUAUUAAACAAAAUUUUAUACUUACAAGGUUCUCCUGUAAAAAAAAAAAAGGAAGAAAGAAAAGAAAAA